AUGACCUCACAAUCACCAAGGUGGUGCCCAGCCCCCCGCUGCAGUUCAGUCCACCAUGCCGACCACCCUGGGGCUGCUGCUCAGCCUUGCUCUCCCUGUGCUGGGGACCUAUGUUUCCAUCAGCUGCCCCGGCCACAAGCAGUGCCAACAGGCCCUACUCUCUGGUAAUGACAUCCUUCUGCACUGCAGCUCCCCUGGGGCAUAUUGGUACUACUUCGUGACAGAGGAGGCCAGCCAGCCCAUCAACCUCUCCAAAGUUCCCAAUGUAGAAAUACUACCUCAGGGCAGCCUUGUCAUCAGAAGUCCGCUGCCAUCCCAGACGGGCUUCUACAGCUGCCAGAACGAGAACGGCACUCAAGUGGUGCAGUACGAGAUCGACUUCCAGGAUGUCACCACCCUACAUAUUACUCACAAAGACCUGGGUCAAAAACCCCUGGAAAAUGAGACCCUGAGCCGAGGUGAGGGGACAAUCAUCUUCACCCGCUGGGAGCCCUGGCAGGACUGUAACCGCUGCGGGGAGCCAGGAGAGCGCAAACGCCUGGGGUACUGCUACAUCCAGGAGCCGCUGGCCGAGGCCAUGCCCUGCUGGCUCUAUCUGGAAGAGAUGAAGGUGUGGUCCAGCCGCAUGAGGCCCGAGCUCCAAAUAGAAGCCUGCCUUGAACAGUGCAAAACUUCUGGUUUCCACUGGGAAUAUGUCACCUUUGACAGCUUCAGUUUCAAUGAGGAGUCAGACUCUGUGUGGCUCACCUGCCCCUCAGGAUCCAUGUACAGGCCCGUCAUCUGGGAAGCCAACAACACUCCCUUGACCUGGCGCAUCCAGCUCUCUGGUCAGGACUUCAGCACCGUCAUGGACUCCUCCAAUGGUGGUAGCCGGCUGCAGGUCUUCCAGCCUGCCAUUUACUCGUGCUUUGUGCAGCAGGAGCUCAUGGCUCGAUUCAACCCCACAUCCAACCCAGAGGUGCUGGAGGCUCAGAGGACAGUGGAAGCUGGACGGCGGCAAGAGGCAAGGAAGGCCGACUCCGUCCUCAGGGGACUAAAGCUCAUGCUGCUAGUGGGCACAGUCCUGGUCCUGGUCGGGGCACUCUUCAAGGUCCUCCGCCCUUCCCAGGGCAAAAAGUGCGAUCAGGUACUGCUGGUGAAAUAA